AUGGGAGGUAUCUACACCGCUCUACUUGUAGUUAUUACACUCUUCAUCGGCAAUGACAACAUUUUGGCUGCACACAUCGAGCUCCAAACGAUCCAGCCUGACCACACUACCUAUUCGCCAUUUCUCAGAAAAACUGACCCGAGACCUCAAAGGGCAUUCGAAAACACCGCCGAAUUAUCAGCUACCAGCGAGGAACGUCAAUGGUACGAGAUCUCGAUGCGUCGUGCCAAGGAGAAUUUGACAUUCUACAUUUGGUACAAGAAGGGGAAGACCCCGCAAGAUAUUUACCUCAAGUUCUUUACAAAUUCGAUGGAUACGAUAACUGUUUCGAAGAGCCCGAACUUCGGCACUUUUAGCCGCUAUACAGAGUACUACAACAAAAACAAGAAGAAUGACUCAUGGUUCAGGUCAUGA